CUAAUUGAAUAUAAGCUAUUUAAUUUAGAUUUUCAUUUGUUAUUUUAUAUAAUAUAUUAAUACUUUUACUUAAUUAAUUAUCAUUAUAUGAUAUUUGUUGCAAAAAGUAAUUAUUAUAAACCUUUAAAAUUUAGUUAUUUUAUUAAAUAAGAUUAUAGAAUUCGAACAUUUUUAAUAUGGAUAAUAUUGAUUCUGCAAAAAAAAAAUUUUUUCAAUCUUGUGCUACGGGUAAUUUGGAAAUAAUAAAGGCAGAAAUUUUUCAUAGUGUUACACCCUACACUCAAGAUAAAUUUGGGAAUAAUUGUGUUCAUAUAGCCUGUCUCCAUAAUCAAUUUGAUGUUUUAAAUUAUUUACUUAAAACCAUCAAAAUAUAUCAUAAUGACAUUAAAAAUAAGUUUGGUCGUACAGCGUUAAAUAUUGCUGCUUCUCAAGGUGCUUGUGAAUGUAUUAGUACUUUAUUGAACAGAUUAAACUGCGAUUUAAAUUCUUCAGAUAAUAAUUUCAAUAACACUCCUUUGCAUUGGUGUGUUGUAAGUAAAUGUUUAAAAGGAGUAGAAUUACUUUUAAUAGCUGGUGCAGACUUUACAUUAAUAAAUAAGCAAGGGAAAACUCCUUUACAAUUGGCUGAAAACUCAACUUUGGAUAUUUUUCAUUACAUACAUGAAUUUAUAAAAAAGAAGAAAAAACCAAAUAUUUCAAUUCUUCAUAAUAUUGGCAAAUGUACAAACAUAAGUGACAGUACUUCAUCAAUAAAAUCUAAAAGAAAAAGUUCAAAAACUGAUGCAUUUUAUGAAUUGCCUACAUUGAAUAAAAAAAUAUUUAAGAAAAAUGUUACUGAAUCCAAAAUUCACAAAAUAUUAGCCAAUUCAAAUGUAAAGAAAUCAUCUAAUCCAUUUUUUUUAAACAUGGAAAAUUUAAAAGAUAAUGAUCAUUUAGUUUUAAAUCUUUUAGAGAAAUCUAUUGAACCAAUAGAUGAAACUUCUUUUGUAUCAUCUAUAUUAAAUAGUGGAAAAGUUAUUCAGCUUACAGAAGCUGGUAUUCUUGCUUUGGAAUAUACAAAAAAUAAUGUCAACAUACCAAUCCCAGAACAACUAGUUAAAUCAUUUCUUGAUUCAUCAACGCAAGUGAGUAAAGAUAACAAGCAUCUUUUAUUGAAAAAUUCAAAAGAAGAUAAUACAAAUGAUUCUAAAGAAAAAGGCAUAAGAUGCUUAAUUGAUGUCAAAUUAGACAGUGAUAAAGUUAAAAACAGCAAAACAUUUUAUGAAAAAUCUGAUGAAAAUAAUGUUACAAAUUGUUUAUCUAAUAGUAUGAACUACUUAACAUCUACUUUAAAAAAUAAAACUGAUGAAUUUUGUCCAAGUGAAAGUAAUCAGCUAAUGUGUAUUAAUCAAAAUGUAAAGACUCAUUGUAAAUGGGUUGAAGAAUUUAUAUCAUUGUUAGGUAAAAAUACUUCUGAAAUUUAAGGACAAAAUAUUGCAAAAGCUAUGCUAAGAAAUUAAAGCAAUUAUAAAAAAAAGAUUAUGUCUUAGAUCUUUAUAAAAGAGUUGAUAAAAAAAUGUUAAACAAAGUUAAAUGAAUUCUUGUUUAAGUGAAAGAUAUAUUUGCUAUAUAAGCAAUAUAUUGUUUAAAUUAAUAAUUAAUGGUUAUAGUCUAUGGGCUAUAAUACAGCACAAUGAAAAAACGCUUGCUAAGUCAGGUUGGAAUGUAGACAUCCUUGAUUUUGAAAAAAUUUAUUGGGUUAAAUUAUUUUGAAUAAUUAUAAUAUUAGAUAUAAAAAAGAUUUACAAUAUUAUUCAUUCAUAAUAAAUGUAUGAUUUAUAAAUUACCAAAUAGAUAUUAACUUAUUAUUAUUGUUAGUAUAAUUGUAUUGAAUUAUCCAUAUUAAAAUUAUAACUUAUUUUUCA